GGCAGCAGUUUCUGUACAGGCACUUGUGUGGACAGCUGCAGUCGGUCCUGUCCUGGUCCUGAGGGUGACAUUCAGGGGAAGCAGUUAGCAUCGACAAAGGCAUCAACAUGGCACAGGCUGUGCAGAAACUGGUUGCUAAAGUACCUACCCUGGUCGGCGCCGCUGUCACCUACUCCAAACCCCGGCUAUCAACCUUCUGGUACUAUGCCCGUGUCGAACUUGUCCCCCCUUCCCCUGCCGAGAUCCCAAAGGCCAUCUCGGGGGCCGCAAACGUCCUCAAGGGUCUCCAGUCAGGACGCCUCAGUCAGCUCACAGUGAGGGAUGCUUUCAGGAACGGACUUGUGGCCACGGAAGUGUUGAUGUGGUUCUACAUUGGAGAGUGCAUUGGCAAAGGAGGCAUCAUUGGCUAUGCUGUCUGAAUUUUUUGGACUGUCGUGCUUUUAUUUCUUUUGAGCGUUGUAUGCUCGACUUCCUGCUAUACUUCUAGGAACCAAUAAAUAUAUAUCUAUUGAUAAACAGAA